AUGGGCAAGCGCAAGACCUGGCCCAUGAAAACUGUUGGAGGAAUUGCGGAGGUUUGCAAAGCGAUACCUGAGGCAGUGGUUGCCGUCCGCGCUCACAGUCCUCAUCAGCUCUCGAUGAUCGAGGAGGCUUCCCGCGAAUCGACCCCUAUGAUUGCGACCGGGGCCAAUGUCGAUGUUUCUGCCGAUCAUCUUCACAACUACCCUACCGAAGACAUCACUUACGAGAAGUUCGACAGUUCUGACAUUCUUGAAGAGUAUGUGCACCAGAACACCGAAUACCGCUUUGAUGAGGGUGCUUCCAAUGUCGGCCCCUUGGGCCUCGGGCAUGGGGACCUAAUACAGAACAACGCAGACACGGUUCUGUACGGUAAUUGGGAACAGGACAACAACCUAGAAGAUUUCGACCGCUGUUCCACUCCUGACACGGUGAUUCAUUACGAUAUGGACGAAAUGGAAGCAGCUUACCAAGCUCGGUCUUCGUCGCCGACUGCAUCAUGCCAACAGUCUACCGAAAAAGGUUCAAGCACUCAGAAUGCUAGCUUGAAGAUGGGUAGCUCAUCUAGAGCGAAGGAUUGGUCGAUGUUCCAGAGCAAUCUGGUCGACUAUAGCCCGGAUGACCCCAGCCCGCGACUUCCAGGCUGCUCUGCCGGCCACCCCUACAAUAAGACGUGGAAACUGACGGAUUCAAUGAUGAUGGCUUACAAUGCCAUGCGAGGCCCUCCGUUGCUCCCGGGAAACGAUCCCCUGCGUAAUUGGAUGGCGAUCAAGGCGACCGAGUCCAUGAACGAGUCCACGAUGGGGUCCACAACGGCCGAGUCGUUUCAAACAUCUAGAGAGACGGCAAGCCAGGGCACAAGGUCUGUGACGCAGACAUCGCCGUCAAAGGAUACAACUCAGACGUCUGGACUGAGUUCUGGGGAGAAACGAGAGAUGGAGGAUUAUGCCAAGAUGCUGAAGGAGGCCAACAUGGCUACGAAAGAGUAUGCGCCUCCUGAGACAGAUCGCAACCCAGCCUACGAAGUGCCCCGUCCCAGAUAUCUUCACGUCUCACCCAAGUUCAACAGCUUCAAGUUUGAAGACUACAUGCCUCCCGAGCUUUCUAUGCUUGGAUCGGCUUACAAGCAGCCAUACGAUACUAAUCGCGACUUCGCUGAGGAGUAUGACAUCUCUGAUGACGAGGGUGACCCUGAAUCGGGACGUGUGUCGCCGUGCACUUUCCGUCUGCUAGCUGAAGGUUGCUCUCGACGAGACCCUCAGAUAAAUCAAGUCUUUAUGGCGGAGGAUGCUCAACGCAUGCGCCCCGAGACGCCCCUUGAGGAUAAUGACAGACAUCUCGUCAUCGACCGACUUACCCUCUCCUUUGAGCUCCAGAGAGACGUCAACGAUGGGGGUUGGAUCACACCAUGCUACUCAGUAGAAUCAGAGCCCUCCAUCAUCUUCAGCGUUACCCUCAAGCACAAGAUGCGCAACUGGUGGUUCGGCCUCUUUGACCGUAUGGACCCGAUUGCUGCGCGCCGCUUCCGCAAAGUCCAGUUCCGCGAGGCCAACGACCCUGUUACGCCCCUCGAGACGACCUCGGUCCGCUCGGUCGUCUCCUCCAGUACCUCCAGCGAGGACGGAAUCGGCAACUACAGGAAGUCCUACACCGAUGCUGAGGUCCUCGAAGCGCUGCACUCGCCCACCAGUCGCCGUGUUGCCGGCGUCGCCCCCCAGAACGCCCAGCUCAUCAUCUCGCAGCGCUGGCAGACAGUCACCCGAUGGAAGAACCAAGACGCAGAGAUGACGCGUGAGAACGACAACAUGCGCGGCGCCAUCGAGCGCGCCAAGAUGGAGCUGCGAGAGAUCCGGCUGGCGGUCGACCAUAUCGUGCAGAAGAAGGCCGCGGAGGACAUGGCGAUGCGGCAGCGCAAUCACAGGCGGAUCCUUCGCCAGGUUUCGGCACACCUGCACGAGCUGCGAUACGAGAUCCAGAGCAAGUUCGACGCUCUCAAGCAUGCGCAGACCCAGAACCAGAGCAUGAAGGCUGAGCUGGCGCUGCUUGAAUGGCAAAUCAAGAAUGAGUGCGCGAGGGCUGAAAUGGCGAGCCCCGAUGAGGUCCGCAAGGCGGUCUCGGAGCACUUUCGGGAUAAGAUGAUCGCUCUGGAGCUUGCAGACUGCUUCUGA